AUGAUGAUGCCGUCAACAGAAGCGCAGAUGCUGAUUAGACAAAACAAGGAUCUCCGUCAGGAGAUUUGCGAAAUGGUGUUCCAUUUCAUGAAUGGAGAGGUGGACAUGUCUCUCUUAAGAGCUUUGGGUACUAAAGAAUUGUGUGCUUUGGCCAAGAAGCAUACCAAGGCGGCUAACAAUCCAGAGAAGGGUGAGUCUUCUUCGUCUCUUUUCGUGUUUUCUAGAGUGGUUGCCCCAAUCGAGCGUGAAGAUCGUAAAGACUCGGUUGAAAUCAACUGCCAAGGUCUUUAUGAUUUUUAUUACAAUACGCUUCCACCGAUAAUCGAUGCCUUUGUUAAAGAUGCUAACAAGAACUUGAAAGUGAGUGUGAAUGAAGAUGGUGGUCCAAGUUCGGAUCUAAAUCAGCGUAUGGAUGACAUGAGAAACUUCAUUGCUGUGUUGAGGGCGCAGAGAGGUGCCUCUGGGGUUGGAUAUAAAUCCAACUAUAAAGGCAAUCCUUCCAUGAUAGGCAGCCACAAAGAAGCUUACUUAACCCUCGAUUGCAGCCACUGCGGGUCCCCUUUCAUCCUCACCGCCGCAGAUGCAGAUAAUGCUAUCCGUGUCUUGUCCUCCACCAUCACCAGCGAUCCAGAUGAAGAUGCUUCUGCUCCUAACACCACCAAUAACCCUUAG